AUGGCCGACGAUGGACCAGCCCUACCUUCACGAUACCUCUCGCAACGCCGCAAAGACCCGCUUGAUCAGACAAAAGCUCAUGACCUCAACCAUCGCAGCUCCCAGGACGAAGACACCAUUUCCAGGAGCAAGUCUCGCUACCGAAAGCGAACCGGUACCUCAGCCGGUUCACCACCCCAGUCGUCUCCUCCCGUACCGCAACUCCCGUCCGAUUUGCCAACGCGGUAUCACACCAAACACAGCAAUGUGCCUUUCCAGCCUGCAGGCCAGGAACAGCUGGUCCACGAUUCGACACGGCAGCAAGAUAUCAGCACCAAUGAGGUCCGCCAAUCUGACUUGCGUCAAGCUAGUCCACCAGUGCAGUCCCGCGCGUCUGAUCCCCUCCUCGGUGAUCGAGCCAAGGACGACUCUCCCGCGAUGAAUGGCCGCUACAGGAGCACUCGAACCAGACGUGAACCUGCUGCUCCGCAAGCUUCUCCAUCACCACCAACUGUGACUCAAUACGAGCCAGGCCACUACCCUCAGCCUUCGGGAGAGCUGUUCCCUCCCGUCAAACCAGUGGAGAAGCCAGUGCGACAAGAUGGACCUCCACAAUCUGGUCAGAUCCGUGCGACCAAGAGCGUCAGCGAGCUACCAAAGUAUGACGACUCCGACGAUGGUUGUCUGGCGAGAUUCUUCAAGAGGAAGAGAGGAGAGGCUUCACCAGUGGUCGAGAAGGCUCCAAUCGCCCGGCCGGUGAAUUCAAGAGGCGAGCUGUUACCGAUACGACCGGGUGGAGGUGGAAUUGUGCCGGGCACAGACGCACCGGUCUCUGCUGUGAACGCGGGCGACAGGUUAGUACGCGUGGAGUGCGGCAAAUCGGAGCGUGUCUUCCCUGUCACAACGACCACGACACCUACGGACAUCAUCAAGAGCGCAUCAACAUGCAUGUCAGAGAGGAUAGAUGUGAAGUCGGCAAUUCUGCUGGAGCACUUUGGGACAGUUGGAAUACAGCGGCCGUUGAGGAGAUACGAACACAUACGAGAUAUCAUGAACAGCUGGGAUAUGGACAAACAGAACAGUCUCUUGCUGGUGGAUCCCGCGACAGGCAGCGUCGAGCCGGAACUCACGCUUGCGGGCGUACCCAAUCAGAAACCUGAAGAUCAGAGCUGGUAUCUGUUCUACUCGCAAAAGGCAGGCAAAUGGGAGAAGCGUUAUGUGACGUUGAAGUCGGACGGACAAAUCACCUGCAGGAAAGAUGAGGAUAGCAAGGUCAAGGAUAUUCAGAAUGUCUGCCAUUUGAGCGACUUUGAUGUGUAUACGCCAACACCAGAGAGAUUGAGAAAGAAGAUCAAGCCACCGAAGAAGUUUUGUCAUGCGAUCAAGAGUCAGCAGAAGACGAUAAUGUUCGAGUCGACGGAGAAUUUUGUACACUUCUUCUCGACCAGCGAUAAGGCUACUGCGCAUAGCUUUUAUGGUGCGAUUCAGGGUUGGAGGAGUUGGUAUUUGGUCAAUGUUUUGGAUGAAGGGAAGAAGACGAAAGCACCGCCGGCGGCGGUCACCACUGAUACGAAAGCUCGCCACACCAGCAAUGAGAACGCCGUCAAGGCGCAUCGUCCGGGCGAGUCGAUGGACUCGCAUUACCAAUUGGGUUCCUUCAAGCCCUUGAUUGAUGCGGAACGAUUUGACAGACCAGCCCACAACAGUGCGGGCGAAGGUUUCACCAAAUCUUCUAAUCAACUCGACACGAACAUCUCACCCGAACGCCGAGCAUCCACACGAAGGAGCAACAAUCCUCCCAUCGCUCUGAACAAUAAAGCAAUACUCGCCGAUGACGAACCUCUAGCAAAUCUCGCCCGAUCAGGAUCACUGAACCGACAUAGCUCUGUGAACAGACACCGUGUCUCCGACAAACGACCACAACCCGCAGCCACUCCCGAAUUCAACGACAACAGUCUGCUCGGUCGGAAGUACUCCCAACGCCGCCGCGAGGUCUCCGGCCAGGAAGACGAAGAACCAUGGACCACAGGGCCCAACCUCCUCAACGGAGGCCUGCGCGACGAAGAUCUUGCUCCUCGCCGUCAAACUUCCACCCGCCGCCAACCCACCGCCGACAUCCACCGCUCCCCAUCCACCCGAGAUCGCACCGUCCGCGAGCGCCGCACAUCCAACGACAUGGUCCGAUCCGACACCCGAGCUCGCCACAACCAAACUCAAAACCAAAUGCCCAAACCCCUCAUCGACCUAACCCCCGAAUACCGCGAAGCACCCCAAUUCUCCAAGAAGAACCUCGGAAAGGGCUACGUACCCGACUCCACAAACGGCGAGAACGGUGGACCCCUUAUCGAAAGCGCUACGAGUCCCGAGGACGUGCUAGGGAUACCUUCGAGCACGGAUUGGCGGCAUCGGAACGCGAAUCCGGGGGCUUAUGAGGUCGGUGGUGGAGGAGGAUUGCAGAGGGGUGGAUCCGUGAGAGCGAGUGGUUCGAAGUCGAGGAGUCCGGCCGGCAGGGAGACGGCUUUUACGGGUGAAGGACUCUUGGGUGCGAUGGGAGAGGGGAGGAAGGGGUGGGGUGGGGAGAGUAAGGGAAGGGGAGUUGUAGUUGAUGAGAGGACAGAGGGGGGGUUGGUUGAGUUUAGUCGGUGA